AGCGGGCUGUAGCUCACCUGCGGCCCAGAAAAAUGUCGACAAUUUCGGUCGAUAGCGUCGCGCCGGUCAUCCCGGAGCGGAGACCGCAUUCUGCCCUCGAAGUCAUUGAUGUUGACAACUUGGACGAUGAUGUACUCCUCAUGGAGAGCCGCCGGCCUUUACAACGACGGAGGUUGGACUCCCAUCCUAGCUUGGACGCUGGCGUGAUACGGCUGGAUGACGAUGACGUCGUCGAGGUGCCCGUGGCCUCGGGCUCCGGAAGUGGAAGAGAUGCGCCGCGGCGCACCGGAGGAAACCGAUUGGCCUCCCUUCCCCCACCCCUUCCUCGAGUUGAUCCUAUUCCAGCCGUCCCGGCCGUGCCGCGACAUCUACGGUCACAACAGGGCAUGCCCCUUCGCCGUCAGACUUUUCGUCGUCCCGUUGGAAAUACAAUCCCUCAAGGUGUCGUUAGAGCAAACGCGCAGCCUUUCGCCUUUGAGCAGGACAUGGGUCGUGGACCUCGCCGAGCUCCCACCCCACCGCCGGCACCGGCCCCUCCUUCUCACCAUCAGCCCGCCAUGGGCCUUGGUGGUGCCCUCCUCGCACUCAACCGACAAAACUCCGAAGAGUAUCAUGUCGAACGCCCACAACCGCCUACACGACCUAGACAUGGCUUUCAGCUGCCAUCGUUCGGGCAGGUCACCGGUGCUCUAGCUAGCACAGUCCGCCACAUCAUGGACAUCCCGGCAGGGCUUGGUCUCGGAAUCUUUCCGCACUCGCCACCCGCUAUCCAGGAUGAGGAUCCGUAUCAGGGUUACAGAGAUCAUCUCGCGACGCGCUAUGCUCGUCGACCUUGGCACGACGACUUCGAUGAUCUGAACUUUUGGCUUCCUGACGACAUCGAGAUCGAGAGGCAUCACUGGCCGUUGAGAGAUGGCCGUUUCCCCAUUUACGUGAACCGUGAUCGGCGGAAAGAUCCCGACUACAAACAGCAAUAUACACACGGAGAAGGCAAGCCACCGCCGGGUUUCAGCUUCGACUUUGCUCCUCUACCCCCGGAUCCCGGACCUACGUUCAUUGAUUUGGUCACACCGGUGCAGGGCUCGAGCUCGAAAGUACAGGAGGUGUCCAACGAGGAGACCCUCCUUGUCUGUGCCAAGUGUCUAGAUCCGCUCACUGUAGGGGGCGAUGCGGAUGCGGAUGGGACGGAGCGGGCCAGGAGAAGAAUAUGGGCGUUGCGAUGCGGCCACAUGAUCGACGGCAAAUGCCUUGAAACGCUCAUGAAACCGCGAAUACCAGACCCCAACAGCACAGCGCCCUCGGCCAGCCACAAGAAGGGGAAGUGGAGAGCUGUUGAGACUGUCCCACCUAUCGACGAUGUCGCCAAAGUGGCGAAGGGGAAGGGGAAGGGGAAAGAACCUAUGCGUCGCACUGGCAAUAUAACGGCGCCGGACCUUGACGCCGAGGUUCACAUACCUCACGAUGACGAGAAGGCGCGACUGCCUGCGCAUUCAGACCCGGCCUUGACGGCAGCGUCCUCGUCAGCUGUUGCUUCCGCUUCUGCCCCAGAACCGCCGUCAAUACGUUCGCGGCUUCGGCCGCGCUCGUCAUGGGGCGCCUGGAUGCCUGGCCCUUCGUCCUCGUCGUCGAGUCUGAACCUAUACUCUCCUCCCGCAUCACAUCCUCCACCCCCAGCAUCGUCGACCAAUCGCGAGAUGAAGCCCUUGCCAAAGCGUCGUAACAGACGGAAGGUGGAGACGUUCACGUGGGAAUGUCCGGUGGCCGGCUGUGCCAGGCAGCAUAUGAGCAAAGGUCGUGGCGGCAACUGGGAAGUAGAUCUAAAGAACGGUCCCAUCGCCUUGUACUUGUGAAUGGGCGUGCAGUAUCUUGUCGACCGUUUUCGUCUUGAAUCUUGGUCACGCUUGCUGUCAUGAAUGAUA